CCGGCGAGUUGGCGUUGGCUGUGGCUUAGGCCUUGAGGAAAGUCAGCAUCCGUUGGGUAUCUCCACCAUCCUUCUCGCUACAGGGUUUUUCUGAAUUGGUGUAACUGAGAUCUGGAUUGUGGAGUUGUGUGUGAUUCAUUGCUGCCGUCACCAUGUUCCUCUACAACUUAACCUUGCAGCGAGCCACUGGUAUCAGCUUUGCCAUUCAUGGCAACUUCUCUGGAACCAAACAACAGGAAAUUGUUGUUUCCCGUGGGAAAAUCUUGGAGCUGCUUCGCCCUGACCCCAACACUGGCAAAGUGCACACCCUACUAACUGUGGAAGUAUUUGGUGUUAUCCGGUCACUCAUGGCCUUUAGAUUGACAGGUGGCACUAAAGACUACAUUGUGGUUGGCAGUGACUCAGGUCGGAUUGUUAUCUUGGAAUACCAGCCAUCGAAGAAUAUGUUUGAGAAAAUUCACCAAGAAACCUUUGGCAAGAGUGGAUGCCGCCGCAUUGUUCCUGGCCAGUUCUUAGCUGUGGAUCCCAAAGGCCGUGCUGUUAUGAUUAGUGCAAUUGAAAAGCAGAAAUUGGUAUAUAUUUUAAAUAGAGAUGCUGCAGCUAGGCUUACCAUUUCAUCUCCCUUGGAGGCCCACAAAGCAAACACCUUAGUAUAUCAUGUGGUUGGAGUAGAUGUGGGAUUUGAAAAUCCAAUGUUUGCUUGUCUGGAAAUGGAUUAUGAGGAAGCAGACAACGAUCCAACAGGGGAAGCAGCGGCUAAUACACAGCAGACACUUACUUUCUAUGAGUUAGAUCUUGGUUUAAAUCAUGUGGUACGAAAAUACAGUGAACCUUUGGAGGAACAUGGCAACUUCCUUAUCACAGUUCCUGGAGGAUCAGAUGGUCCAAGUGGAGUGCUGAUUUGUUCUGAAAACUAUAUCACUUACAAGAAUUUUGGUGAUCAGCCAGAUAUCCGCUGCCCAAUUCCUAGAAGACGGAACGACCUGGAUGAUCCUGAAAGAGGAAUGAUUUUUGUCUGCUCUGCCACCCAUAAGACCAAAUCAAUGUUCUUCUUUUUGGCCCAAACUGAGCAGGGAGAUAUUUUCAAGAUAACUUUGGAGACAGAUGAAGAUAUGGUUACUGAAAUCCGCCUCAAGUAUUUUGAUACUGUACCUGUUGCUGCUGCCAUGUGUGUGCUUAAAACAGGUUUCCUUUUUGUAGCAUCAGAAUUUGGAAAUCAUUAUUUAUAUCAAAUUGCACAUCUUGGAGAUGAUGAUGAAGAGCCUGAGUUUUCAUCUGCCAUGCCUCUGGAAGAAGGAGACACAUUCUUCUUUCAGCCAAGACCACUCAAAAAUCUUGUAUUGGUUGAUGAGUUGGACAGCCUCUCUCCCAUUUUAUUUUGCCAGAUAGCUGAUCUGGCCAAUGAAGAUACUCCACAGUUAUAUGUGGCCUGUGGUAGAGGACCCCGGUCAUCUCUAAGAGUCUUAAGGCAUGGACUUGAGGUAUCAGAAAUGGCUGUCUCUGAGCUACCUGGUAACCCCAAUGCUGUUUGGACUGUGCGUCGGCACAUUGAAGAUGAGUUUGAUGCCUACAUCAUUGUAUCUUUCGUGAAUGCCACACUUGUGUUGUCUAUCGGAGAGACUGUAGAGGAAGUGACUGACUCAGGGUUCCUGGGCACCACCCCAACCUUGUCCUGUUCCUUGUUAGGAGAUGAUGCCUUGGUACAGGUAUAUCCUGAUGGCAUCCGGCACAUACGAGCGGACAAGAGAGUCAAUGAGUGGAAGACCCCUGGGAAGAAAACCAUUGUUAAAUGUGCAGUGAACCAGCGACAGGUGGUGAUUGCCCUGACAGGAGGAGAGCUCGUCUAUUUCGAGAUGGAUCCUUCAGGGCAGCUGAAUGAGUACACAGAGCGAAAGGAGAUGUCAGCAGAUGUGGUAUGCAUGAGCCUGGCCAAUGUGCCUCCUGGGGAGCAGCGGUCUCGCUUCCUGGCUGUGGGCCUGGUGGACAACACUGUCAGAAUCAUCUCCCUGGAUCCCUCAGACUGUUUGCAGCCUCUGAGCAUGCAGGCUCUCCCAGCCCAGCCUGAGUCCUUGUGUAUUGUGGAAAUGGGAGGCACUGAGAAGCAGGAUGAACUGGGAGAGAGGGGUUCUAUUGGCUUUCUGUACCUGAAUAUUGGACUACAGAACGGUGUAUUGUUGAGAACUGUCCUGGACCCUGUUACUGGGGAUCUCUCAGAUACCCGUACUCGGUACCUUGGGUCCCGUCCUGUGAAGCUUUUUCGAGUCCGGAUGCAAGGACAAGAGGCUGUGUUGGCUAUGUCCAGUCGCUCAUGGUUGAGUUAUUCUUACCAGUCUCGUUUCCAUCUUACCCCCCUGUCUUAUGAGACCCUGGAAUUUGCAUCUGGCUUUGCUUCAGAACAGUGUCCUGAGGGCAUUGUGGCCAUCUCCACCAAUACUCUGAGGAUUUUGGCAUUAGAGAAACUAGGUGCUGUCUUCAAUCAGGUAGCCUUUCCACUGCAGUACACACCCAGGAAAUUUGUCAUUCACCCUGAAAGUAACAACCUUAUCAUCAUUGAGACCGAUCACAAUGCCUAUACUGAAGCCACGAAAGCUCAGAGGAAGCAGCAGAUGGCAGAGGAAAUGGUAGAAGCAGCAGGUGAGGAUGAGCGGGAACUGGCUGCAGAAAUGGCAGCAGCAUUCCUCAACGAAAACCUCCCUGAGUCUAUUUUUGGAGCUCCUAAGGCUGGCAAUGGGCAGUGGGCCUCAGUGAUCCGAGUGAUGAAUCCUAUUCAGGGAAACACACUGGACCUUGUCCAGCUGGAACAGAAUGAAGCUGCUUUUAGUGUUGCCGUAUGUAGGUUCUCCAACACUGGUGAUGAUUGGUAUGUGUUGGUGGGUGUGGCCAAAGACCUGAUCCUGAAUCCCCGAUCUGUAGCAGGGGGCUUUGUGUAUACUUACAAGCUUGUGAACAAUGGGGAAAAACUGGAGUUUUUGCACAAGACUCCAGUAGAAGAGGUGCCUGCUGCCAUUGCCCCGUUCCAAGGGAGAGUGUUGAUUGGUGUAGGGAAGCUCCUGCGAGUCUAUGACCUGGGGAAGAAGAAAUUACUACGCAAAUGUGAGAAUAAGCAUAUCGCCAAUUACAUCUCUGGGAUUCAGACAAUCGGGCACAGAGUAAUUGUGUCUGAUGUCCAAGAAAGCUUCAUCUGGGUUCGCUACAAGCGUAAUGAGAACCAGCUCAUCAUCUUUGCUGAUGACACCUACCCUCGAUGGGUCACUACAGCCAGCCUCCUCGACUAUGACACUGUGGCAGGAGCAGACAAGUUUGGCAACAUUUGUGUGGUAAGGCUGCCACCUAACACCAAUGAUGAAGUUGAUGAGGAUCCCACAGGAAACAAAGCCCUAUGGGAUCGGGGCUUGCUUAAUGGGGCCUCUCAAAAGGCAGAGGUGAUCAUGAACUAUCACGUGGGGGAGACUGUUCUAUCCUUGCAGAAGACCACUCUGAUCCCUGGAGGAUCAGAAUCACUUGUCUAUACCACCUUGUCUGGAGGAAUUGGCAUCCUUGUCCCAUUCACAUCCCAUGAGGAUCAUGACUUCUUCCAGCAUGUGGAAAUGCACCUGAGGUCUGAGCAUCCCCCUCUGUGUGGGCGGGACCACCUCAGCUUUCGUUCCUAUUACUUCCCUGUUAAGAAUGUGAUUGAUGGAGACCUUUGUGAGCAGUUCAAUUCUAUGGAGCCCAACAAGCAAAAAAAUGUCUCUGAAGAAUUGGACCGAACCCCACCAGAAGUGUCCAAGAAGCUUGAAGAUAUCCGGACCCGCUAUGCCUUCUGAGCCCUUCCUUUUCCUGUGGGUCUUGUCAAAGACUCUUGUGUUUUGUUUCCUCGACCACCAUAACCACCACCUCUUUCUGAACCCAUAUGGUAAAAUGGUGGCUGGAUAAUUAAGACUGCAGUAUCAAAACUAGUUGCUCUUUCCCGUUGAUUCCCCCUGGAAUGACUGGUUUCCCCUUAAAAUUGGCACUGAGAUUCACCGUGCUCUCCUGCCUGGUAUACAUAGUGCAUUGCCGAGGUUCCAUUGUGGGAUGCAACAUCCUGCGCCCCAGAGCAUUCCCUGUGUUGAUGUUUCUGAUUCUUGUCUACUUUUGUAUACACCCUUAAUUUUUAACUAGUUUUACUGUAAAUACAGUUUUAUACAAUGCUAUCUUUGUGGGAGGUUAGCUGUGGUGGGAACCAGGUUGCAUGGUAAGUAUGAUUUCUGAUUUGCUGCUCUGGAACCUAACCAGAAAUACAAACCUAAUUUUUGAGGUG